UGGGGACUUUUGGCUGCUGGAGGAUGAGGGUUCAGGAGAGGGGAGGGGAGGGCACACAUGAUGGUAGAAAGGGCUGUAGAGGGCGGUGACUGCAGAGGCAGAUUGGUUCCCUUGGACAAGCCAGGGACUUGGGAGCAGUUGUGCACCCAGAGUCUCCAGGAUGAGGCCAGCGCUUGCCCUGUGCCUCCUCUGUCCUGCGUUCUGGCCCAGGCCAGGGAGUAGUGAGCACCCCACCGCAGAUCGCGCUGCCUGUUCAGCCUCGGGGGCUUGCUACAGCUUGCACCACGCUACCAUCAAGAGGCGGGCAGCCGAGGAGGCCUGCAGCCUGCGCGGCGGGACUCUCAGCACCGUGCACUCGGGCUCCGAGCUGCGAGCAGUGCUGGCUCUCCUGCGUGCGGGUCCCGGGCCUGGCGGAGGCUCCAAGGACCUUCUGUUCUGGGUGGCUCUGGAGCGUGGCCGUUCCCAGUGUACGCUAGAGAGAGAGCCACUAAGGGGUUUCUCCUGGCUGUCCCCGGACACAGAUGACUCGGAGGACGACACACUGCCGUGGGUGGAGGAACCACAACUUUCCUGCACCGUGCGAAAGUGCGCGGGGCUCCAGGUCACCGAGGGAGUGGAGCCUGCAGGCUGGAAGGAGAUGCGCUGUCACCUGCGCGCCAAUGGCUACUUAUGCAAGUAUCAGUUUGAGGCCCUGUGCCCCAUGCCGCGUCCCGGAGCUGCCUCUAACUUGAGUUUCCGAGCGCCUUUCCGGCUGAGCAGCUCCGCGCUGGACUUCAGCCCUCCUGGGACUGAGGUGAGUGUGAUAUGUCCCGGGGACCUCUCUGUCUCCGCCACCUGCAUCCAGGAAGAGACAAGCGCGCGUUGGGACGGGCUUUUCCCUGGGGCCGUGCUCUGCCCUUGCUCUGGGAGGUACCUUCGUGCUGGCAAGUGCGUGGAGCUCCCUGACUGCCUAGACCACUUGGGAGGCUUCGCCUGCGAAUGUGCUGCAGGCUUUGAGCUGGGGAAGGACAGACGCUCUUGUGAGGCCAAACGGGAAGGACAGCCAACCAUUGCUGGGACCGAGCUGCCCACCAGGCACGUAUCAGUCACUCCAGCCAGCCCAGUGACAAACAGAACGUUGCCAGGCAAGCUAGGAGAGAAGCCCCAGAUCACUGGACAAGACAGUUUUGCCACGUCUAUUCCUGAGAUUCUUCAGUGGGGAACACAGAGUACCUUACCUACUGUUCAAAAAUCCCCACAAGUCAAGCCAAAAGUCACCGUCACACCAUCAGGAAGCACGAUCCCCACAUUGAACUACACAUCUUCCCCCUCUGUUUCCCCGACUUUUGACUCCUCCACCGUGGUCUUCAUACUUGUGAGCAUAGCAGUAAUAGUGUUGGUGAUCUUGACCAUGACAGUGCUGGGACUUUUCAAACUCUGCUUCCACAAGAGCCCUUCCUCCAGGACAAGGAAGGAAGCUUUGGACUCACGGGGUGUGGACAGCAAUGCUGAGGCCGCUGCUUUGAGCCCCAAUUCUACACAUUGUACUGACAAUGGGGUAAAGGUUGGGGACUGUGGUCUGCGGGGCCGAGCUGAGGGUGCCUCACUGGCUGGGUCCUCUCUUGGCUCAGGGGACACCUAGGGAAACAACCCAAUGGGCGCAUCUUGUGCAGACUUUCAAUGCCAAUAAACGGGGGAAAAAGAGAUUUCUGCCAUGAUGGUUCCUACAGAAGUUGCCCUUCCCAUAAAUUCUCUUUACUCCACCAAGGAGCUAAAUCUGAAAAGCACAUUCAUUCCCUGAAAGUGGAAGAGGUGGUGGUGGGCCUUAGGCUGGUACUGGAAGACAGGGUGGAUAAUGGAAGGAGGCGUUUUCCUGUGUUCUAGGGAAUUUGGAGAAGUUCUUGAAUAUUUCCAGUAUAUAUACUGGAAGCAAAUAAAUAACAACGUAAUUUUUAGAACAUUCAUUCCAUCAAAAUGAGAAAGAAAUGUCUAUAUUAUUCAGGCUAGGAAUACAUUGACUUGAAAUUUUGAGGGAAAUAAUAAAAUACGGCUUAGACUAGACUAAGCCUAGACUAAAAUGUGUUUGACUUUUGCAGAGGGGGUUUAUUUAGGAAUAUAACAUGCUGAGGGCAACAACUGGCUGGAGGGUUAUGCUGGGAAGAGGCAGCAGUACAUUCUGUGCUUUGGGGGAAAAGUCCAUAUACCCCAGCUCUUUCAGAACUAAUGAAGUUUCCCUUUAUUCUGUUAUCCUUUGCUUUCAAAGUCACUGGGACAGUGUGCUCUGCUAUAAAUCCUAAGUGCAAUGUUGCCAGUUUCUGACUCUAGAAGCAAAUUACAGUUGACCACCAAUCCAAGUGUUUACUGUGUGUCCUUGCCCAAGGAAACAAAUGAUUUGUAUCUUCCUGUUCCAAUGUUUGCGCUUGCAGUGUAAUAAUAACCUUCUUCUCCAAACCACCUUGUAGACAUCAGGAUGCUGAUCCUCACUUCCAAUUACGAUGAUGUUAAUUCUCAAUUAAAACGUUAAUGCUAAGUAUUGAUCUGAAAUCUUCUGGGUGCAUUAAAGCGAAAGAAGCUUGGCUUUUUCCAAAGCUGCUGGAUUCUUGUGCCCUAUUUGAUCUAUGGGGGAAAAAAACAUGAAUGUCAAGCCAUUUCUGUUUCUUCUCAAUAGAAUAUGUAUACAAUGACAGUGUGUGUGCAUCAGGGGACUGUUAAAACUGAACAAGAAUCUUCACAGACAAAGCUAUGGGAAAUAGCUUUCCACAGAAUUAAUAGUAUAAGAAAAAAUGAUAAAUAAAAGUGUAGCAUCUUGUUAUGACUUGAGGUAUUAAUAAAUAAUAAAGACCUCACAUUUUGGUGGUAAAUAAUUAAAGUAUAAUAACAAUAAAAAUUUUGUGGAAUCCAAAGGCCUUAGAGAAUAUUUCAGUUAAUAUGCUAAGAUUUUUUUAAGUGUUGAAAAGGUUGAUGUGUGAAAAGAUACAGUGAAAUAAGCUUACCCACAGGAGGAAAUUAAAUUAGGAUAAAAAUUGGGCUAUAUUUUUCUAGAAUCACUUUUUAUACUCUUCAUUGUACUGUGCAUAUUAAGGAAAGUUAAUUUAAAGUUAACAAAUAGACAAUUAUAAAGUAAUCCAGAAAAUUAAGAGAGCUCAAUAUAUGAAUCUAUGUUCUAAAUAUAAUUCUUUGUGUUUAAUAUUAUAUCACUGAAGGAAUAAAUUGAUAGAUUGUUUCAUAUGUUGGAUUAUGUUUUAAAUAGUUACAGUUAAAUAAAAUAAAAAUAAUGUGAAUUAUCAA